GCUCGCUCCGUCCCUCACUCUCUCAUUCCCUCUUUCUCCCGGCGGCGGCGGCGGACGAGGAAGGAGGAGGACGAAGGAGGACGAGCGAGCUCCCUUCUCCAGGAAGGGAGGAAAGCAAGCAGACUGCCCGACCGACUGACCGGCUCGCCCGCCCACCUGCCCGCCCGCCAUGGCCGGCUACGAGUACGUGAGCGCCGAGCAGCUGGCCGGCUUCGACAAGUACAAGUACAGUGCUGUGGACAACAACCCGCUCUCCCUCUACGUGAUGCACCCCUUCUGGAACACGGUGGUGAAGAUUUUCCCUAUGUGGCUGGCCCCAAAUUUGAUAACGUUUUGCGGCUUCCUGCUGCUUGUCUUCAACUUCUUCCUCAUGGCGUACUUUGACCGCGACUUUUAUGCCUCUGCGCCGGAUCAGGAGCAUGUCCCGAGCGGAGUGUGGGUCGUCGUGGGUCUCCUCAAUUUCAUGGCUUACACGUUAGAUGGCGUGGACGGGAAGCAGGCGCGUCGCACCCAGUCCAGCACGCCGCUGGGGGAGCUCUUUGACCACGGCCUGGACAGCUGGGCCUGCAUGUUCUUCGUGGUGACCGUCUACUCCACCUUCGGCCGGGGGACCAACGGCGUCAGCGUCUUCGUCCUCUACCUUCUCCUGUGGGUGGUCUUGUUCUCCUUCAUCCUCUCCCACUGGGAGAAGUACAACACGGGGAUCCUCUUCCUACCCUGGGGGUACGACAUCAGCCAGGUGACCAUUUCUGUCGUCUAUAUUGUGACGUCCAUCGUUGGGGUGGAAGUCUGGUACAGCCCUUUCCUCUUCAGUUUCUUAUACCGGGACCUGUUCGUUGCGAUGAUCAUCGGUUGUGCCGUCCUGGUCACCGUUCCUAUGAGCCUGCUGAAUUACUACAAAGCCUACAAAACGCGAACCCUGAAGCACCGGUCCUUCUACGAGGCCAUGUUGCCCUUCCUGUCCCCGGUGCUGCUCUUCAUCCUGUGCACUGCCUGGAUCUUCUGGUCGCCGUCCGAUAUCCUGGAGGCCCACCCCCGCCUUUUCUACUUCUUGGUGGGGACGGCCUUUGCUAACAUCUCCUGCCGCCUGAUCGUCUGCCAGAUGAGCAACACGCGAUGCCAGCCGCUCAACUGGCUGCUCCUCCCGCUCGCCCUCGUGGUCUUGCUGGUGACCUCCAACGCCCUGCCGGAGCACGAGACCUUCCUCCUCUACUUGGUCACCACCUUCAUUACCCUGGCCCACAUCCAUUAUGGAGUCUGUGUGGUGAGCCAGCUGAGUAAGCAUUUCAACAUCUGCACCUUUUCGCUGCGAAAGCCCAGCUCCGAUUGACUAGACGUGGAGGUGGCAGCGGAGGAGAAGGUGGGCCUGUGAUUGGCAGACGCUCUGUAAAUUCAGCCGCCCCUGUAAAUAUCCUUCAGCCAUCACCAUGGAACUAAAACUGACCCCCCCCCUUGGACACGAUCGCGUGGCGGGGCACAGGCGAGGCCUUAUGGGUGGCGGGGGACCCCUUUCUCUGGUUCCCCCUCCCUCACGGCCACGGUGCCAAGUCUCUCCCGGAUGUGUGGGCUAUCGCCCUGCGCUUGCCUGCAUGGGACCAGCCGUGUGCCGACGUUUUAAACUUCCAGGCCAGGCCUCGGACAACAUGGCUCUGAACCUUCCAGAGACAGCAAAGCAAGCAACCGUGGAAGCACCAGCCGUGGCUCUGAAGCAGCCACGGAACUGCGACAAAACACUUCACGUCGGCACAGCAUCUGGAGAGGUGAAGAAGCAAAAGGCAGAGGGCUCCGUGCAUCCGAGUGACACUACAAGGGGCUUUCAAUGGAAAGAUGGCCCAGGCUGUCACCAGAUGCUUGGUGUAAGCCGUGAGAAAGCGGAAUGUGGUCUCACCCGUCACUGCCUUUGGUGCGCUCCGUUCCGUCUCCUGCUUCGGACUCAGCCUGAGGCUCUCCCCAUGAGCUGAGCCCCCCCUAACCCCCCACCCCGGGCCAGUGAUUGCUUUUCUGAGAUCAGCCUUGGAGAACAGAGCACCUUUGUACCCCAAGAUCACGUCGUGGCACGUUUACCCUUUCCUGUGAUGUGGCGCACACUCGCUUCACCCUCGUGGAAGCCGAGGGAGGAUGUUGCCAGGGGUCGGGCGUGACAGCCGAGGGCCCCCCUUCCUCACAUUCGGAGCUGCAUCGUUUGGGAGUCAACCCCCAUGAUCUGUUGCAAACCCCAAAGUGAUGUGCCCUUGAUUUGCACACCCAGUUUUCCGUGACUGACCUCUCGUGGCGUGGCUUGUUUCUGUUUCCCUGCCGGAAAUCUCGUUUCCCAUGAACUUUAAUCCCGUUUCAUUUGAGUGGUGCUGGUGGUGGUGAUGAUGAUGGAGACAGAGAGCUGAUUUUUCUUUUCCUUUGUCGCUUUAUUUAAUGAAGACCUUUUUUUUUCGUUGUGUGUAUCUGUGUCCUUGAAUGAAGAGUGCAGCCUAAACCCAAGCUUCUUGGAAAGGCUGCACCCGGAAAAAACGGAGCGCAGCGAAGGCGGUUCCGAAGAUGGAAUUCAUAGCCAGGGUAACGGGUGUUUUUUUUUUUUCCCCAGCCUUUCGAAAUGAGAGGAAGUUUUCCUCUUGUGGGCGAUACAUUCCAUUCUGUAGAAGGAUUUGCAGUUGUGGAAUUUCUAUUUAAUUUUUAUUUUGUAAACUUGGGUUAUUAUGUCCAGAAACCAGACACGAGCAAUGUAAAAGCCCAGAACUGGGGCUUCGCUCUGCUUUUCUCCUCAUUCCUUUGUUCUGUAAAUAGGUCUAUUUUUAUUAUUAUUAUUAAUAAUAAUAUUCUUACAUUUUUCUGCCAAUGCCAUUUCUGGUAUCUUGAUGAACAGCGGAGUUGGUACUGAUUGCUCGUAAUCUGUCUUUUAAAAAGCAGCACGAAAGCAAAGUGGUAUCUAAGCCUGGAGGUUGAAGCAAAGGGGGUUUGCUCCUUUGUUCAGUAUUUGUAGAACUGGACCAGAAAUAAGGAUGAUAAUUCCUUUUUCUUUCUUUCUUUCUUUCUUUCUUUCUUUCUUUCUUUCUUUCUUUCUUUCUUUCUUUCAAUGACUUUGCACAAGGAAAUCUUGGGUGUACAGAGGAAUGGAGAGAUGCUUGAAUACUUGAUGCUGUAAUAUUUGGAAUGCACUUCCACUAAUCAUUUGUAAAAUUGUACAAGAGACAUUAAGAGAUGGGGCCCUGCAUCUGA